UAUUACCUAAACUGUAAUAAACCAUUAACAAUUUGUUUGCUCUAGUGUAAGAACCCAGGGGAUUGCAUAUUUCGAUCUCAUCUGUAUACAGAAUUAAUUGCAAUGCGUUGGGCUUCCUAGAAUACAAUGGAUGGUUUCUGAACAUAUCCCCAUCAACAAAGUCAUAUAAGUAUCCCUCUCGGCUUCUUGGUGGUACAGUAUUAAACAUGGUAAAGAUUCGCGAAUCAGAAAGAAGUUGCUUAAGGCUUUCAAUUAGUGGCACAUAGUAAAAACCUCUUUUUCGUAUGGCCAUAACUCUUGAACUGCCCUUUUUGACCCGACAAAUUGUCUGAGAGACAACGACUUCUUCUGGACUCACUGGACUGAAAUGUUCUGAAACAGUCCAUUUGUAGUAGUGGAGAAGGGAUCAAUGAAAUUAUCAAAUGUAGCCAGUGCUGCAUCUUGAAGCUGAGAUGUCCCGGUGUGUUCUUCAAAUACUUCUCUCAUUUUAUUCCUCAAUGUUUCCAGAAGAGUGGCUUGAUAUUGCUGUACCCCUGUGAUGAUGUUGUUGACAGUCCUCUGUGAAGUUUUAAGUUUAAGUUGUUACAAGGGAUUGCCAUUAUGUUUAGCAUAUCCAAUAAACUAUUGUAGAGUGGAACACUGGAAAUGCUUACCUGUGACAGGUGGCAUUGUUCACGAACACUUAUGGCAAAAGCUGCUGCAGAUCUGGCAAUGUCAGGCCCGGUGACAGAUGUUGGAGCUGUAGCUUCUCCCUGAUAAAUCGCACAAAUACAACUUAGGCUAUGCUAUUGGCCAUUUGUAGUUCCAAAUAGGACUUUAAAUUUAAAUCCCACUUAGCAAGUCAAUUUUAAAUCAUUUAUUGAAAGUGUAAACUGAUAGCUUAUAUUAGCUGCUUAGAGCUUCGAUCCUAUAGAGCUCGUAAGUCGCCAUUGCUCAUGGGACCUAUGAGACCGAAAACAAUGAAUGGGAGUCAAUGGAGAGAAAGUAAUUAUUUUCUGAUCCCAGUCUUUAUAUGCCCCGGAUUACACAUAUGUUGUUUGUGGAUUUAAAUGAUAAUUUUUCAUGCAAAGAAAACUAUAAUUUAGCGGGAUCUGUUUGCGAGUGGUGGUGACGUCUAUCAUACGUGUCGAGAGCAGCGGGAGUUGUAGUCCACAAAGCGCCCCACACAAAAACUAACCGUAUCAAACUCCUACCCGCUAAAUUAUAGUUUUCUUUGCAUGAAAAAUUAUCAUUUAAAUCCACAAACAACAUGUGUAAACGUGGGCAUAUAAAGACUGGGAUCAGAAAAUAAUUACUUUCUCUCCAUUCUCUUCAUUUUUUUCGGUCUUAUAGGUCCCAUGAGCAAUGGCGACUUACGAGCUCUAUAGAGUUUUUAAAUGAAAUUCAACAACUUCUACACGUCACAUUCCCCCAGCACAUAGACAAGAUAGCAGAACUAGGCUCAACUGCAAACUUACUGCAUUGCUUGAUUGGGCCUCAGGCAUCUCUGGUGGGUCCUGCGUUCCAAGUUCGAGAAGGUCAGGUGAUGAUUCCAUGGAGCUGUCCAUGGAAGGAGUCAUAGAAUUGCCAAAUAUCGAUACGCCGAAGUUUUCUAAUAAAGGUGGUGCGGAUGUGGGUGUCGUUCUUCAUUGACAUGGUGGACAUCCAGACGUUACAUACAGGGGAUGCGUUCGUUUCAGGUGACGAUAAAAUGAGUUAAAAACUCUGAACUCUUGCUCACAGCCAUCAAUCCCACAGAAAACCCAAAAUUCUGCAUUACGACCAUGUGUGACAUUGAUGUGGCUAAGAAGAUUCUUCAAUCUAAAAGCCACAAAAAUGAUACAGAUCAUGCAGCGCCACACCGACAUGUCUUCUGACGAGGUUGAUCUGUGAUUUUGGCGGUUCUAGGGUUUCACUGCUGGGCUACCCUGCUUCCUGUUUGGCCUUCCUCCUGAUCUCCCGAUUGGUUAACCGUCAAAGCAAUUGUGUAAAAAAACAUGUAUAUUAUUACAUAUAAGACAACGUAGAAUUCACAAACAAUCCUCAAGAUUCUCUGGAAAAAAAAAAUAUAUAUAUAUAUUUUAAAUCUUCUGCGCCGACUGUCCGUCACAUCUGAAUGACGUCAGUGAGGUGAACAAACUCGGCGCCAAAACGGGACUGACGCAGUAAGGAAAAGUUAUCGACGACGACAAGUCAAUUUCAACUGAACGCAAUUUUAACGGAUAUUCAGAGCUGGAGAACUACGGAGCAGCUGUCGAGCAUGGAUGACUUGGAUGUCACAACACUGUCUGUGUUACAAGCUGCUGAUGUUGAUGAAGGGGUUUUAAAAACCCUCUCUCGGGAGGAUCUUUUGGAUCUUCUUCCUGGACCACAGAACUUUCUGCGAAGAAAGAAGUUGUGGGAUCACAUUCAUCCAAAGGAACAGAGUGAGAAUGCAGUGAGAGAAGCCAUUGAUCAGCCAUCCAUGUUGCCAAGCCAGCCAUCCACACAUGCCAUGUUACCAAGCCUGCCAAGCCAGUCAUCCACAAGUGCCAUGUGGCCAAGCCCGCCACGGACCUCCACCCCCAAAAGCCAUCACCAGAAAACCGUAAAAAUGCCGGACCCUCCUGAGUAUGUGGUAUACACCGAUUCAGAACUUGACUUGGUUCGGAGCCAGUAUUUUGAACUGCAGUGGGAAAGGGUCACAGUGCAAGAUGUCUAAAGACCUAUUUUGCAGACUGAUAAGGAACACUGUAACCAGCAUGGUGGCUAUCCUCCGUGCCAGUAGUUCGUGUCAUGAACAGAUGUACCCUUCAAAAAGGGAAAUUCAGGCAGUGGCUGAGAAGAUUGUUGAUUAUUACCCUAUGCUGCAAGACUCAUCAAACACGCCUUAUCUGACUGUGUACUCUAAAAUGUAUAAGCGUAUCCAAAACAUCAAGUCCCCAAGAAAAAGGCAAGGACGAAUGCCACAACGGGGGGUACCUAAGAAGAGGUCUCUCCUUGAGUCAAGUCUUGAAGAUGACAGUGAUGCUUCAACCAAUUUGUCGGUUGCUUCAACAGUAAUUCUGCAGGACAGCGAUGAUAACGACGCUGAGCUAAGCCAAGACCAGGACAGCCGCAAAACACAAGCAAGGCACUAUCAGACAUUGCAGACCAUGUACAGCAAACCUAAGUCUAAGCCAAAUGGAAGUGAUGUUGCUCAGAUUUUGGACUUGGAGUUCGAGGCCAGGCGGGCCUUUAUUGAUUCUGAUGCAACAAAGGAAGAAGACAAGGCAGCCAAGAUUAUGGAUGCAUAUCCAUGUUUUAGAGAUCCCCGACAUGCAGUUGACGAGCUUGGGCGUAUCCUUGGUGGCGCCAACAGUAAAUACAUUGACGAUACCAAGAAAAGAUGGCAGACCUUCUGUACCAAUGUCCAAUUAUAUGGUCUGUGGAAGAAGGUCCUAAAACCCCCCAUUCCUGUGGAUAUGGCUGGAGCGGAUUUCACCAUUGCCCUUCUGAAGGCAUUACCAUCCCUCUUCCCAUCACCAACACCACCACCAAAACGUCUCGGAGGAGCCAGUGAAGCAUUAAUUCAUGUCCUUGAGGAAAAUGAGGAUCCCAACAAGUACCUUGAGAAACGCCAACUGUCCUCCCCAGUCCUUCUAUACGACGGCAGUACCUGCAUUCUCUCAAUUGGCAACUCCCCUGUGAGUACCCUGGAAGAUGUCUUCAAUGGUAUGCUUUCAUUGAUGGCCUACUACUACACCCUUCACUUGACCUAUCCGAAGUUUGUUUCCACACUUCUGUCUGUAAUUCAGACUGAGGUGCUUCAUGAUGCAAUUCAUGAUCGGGAUGCCACAACGGCGUACAAGAAGGCUAUGAAUGAAUGGAAGUCGUUUGUUAAGAAUUAGAUCAAGCCAUGCUUAAAUUUCUCCUGUAAUAUCCAAAUACAGAAAAACAUUGGUUGUUCAUAAAAAUGUUGCUUCUGCAAAAAUAUUUGUUCCCUUUGUAACCUUCAGUUUGGACAGGUUAAAAUAAUUUCACGGGGGGGGUUAACGUUUGUUUGCAGUUUCUUUUUAUGCAAUAUCCUGCUCUUGAUUGCACAUUGCUAGCAUUUAUUAUGCGUGUGCUGAAUUUAUUCACAGGAAAGUAUUUAAAGGUCCCAUGACAUGCCAUCAGGUGUGGUGGGAUUAGCCGUUACAGAUGGAAAGCCAACCCCGACAGAAAACGACCUAAUUCAGUCACGUAUCACCUUCAUUACGCCGUAAAAACGCUGUAAAAUGUAGAAAAACUGUUUUUUACGCCGUCAUGCGCAAAAAAUGUGCCGCUUUUUACGCCGCAAUGAAGUCCCUUAAGAGCGCGCGUAAAAUACGGCGUCUCUAGUAUGCUAAUAAUCUCCGCCCUUCUUUUCUCUCAGCCAAUGCAUUUGUAGUGUUUGCGCCCAAUCGCUGAUCAAGACUAGCAGACCAAAUGCAUUGGCUGAGAGAGCCGUUUAGAGGGCGGUUUGAUGCUCUAAACUGCGUUUUUUACGCAUGCUCUUGAAGGACUUCAUUGCGUAAAUUACAGCGCAUCUUUUGCGCAUGACUGCGUAAAAAACACUGUUCUUUUUUACGUUUUUUUUACGGCGUAAUGAAGGUGAUACGUGACGGCAUGAGGUCGAUUUCUGUCGGGGUUGGCUUGCCAUAGUUACAAGCCGUUUUGGAAAUCAGCACCUUAUGACAUCACACGGGUGGGCGUGUCCACCAGAUGUGUGCUGGAUAGAUCAGUCUACCAGCCUACCUAGUGGACUGUAGCAAACGUUGGACAUCUAUCCUUCUAGGUGGACACACCCACCUGUGAUGUCAUAAGGGACAGAUUUCCAAAACGGCUUGUAACGGCUAAUCACACCACACCGGUUGGCAUGUCAUGGGACCUGUGAAAAAAAAUUAUAUCUUUAUGCAAUAUUAUUUAGAGAAGUCCACUACAAUUCAUCUAAAUUAUACCAAUUAAUCUAAAUUAUAUCAAGUAUUAGGCUAAGAUAUUUUUCAAAUACCAUUGUCUUCAGUGAGUUAUACCAAAGCACUGUACCAUAUUGUAUACCAUUCUAUGAGCCAAAAUGUUGCUGGCUUAUUUGAUAUUUGUACAUUUGUUUCAUUUGUAUAUUUGGCAUAUUUGUUGGGUCCAGUUGAACUUCCCUGUGGAAGCUAAGUGACUCAUUGAAAAUCUUUUACACAUUGACUGACUUUUAUUUCAAUGCAAUUCACAUUGGCGAGAAAUUAAAGCAAUAACCUAUGUACUGUUAAUCCUGGUUUGUGGUGCCUUAUUACACAGCACAACAUUUACAUUUUAGUUGGUACACACUGGUUUUCCCCUAUGA